AAGGGGGUAAAGCGUCACGCGAAAGCAAAUGGGCUUUGAAAGCAUUGAAAAGGGGUUUAGCUGAAAAUUAUAAAUUCCUUGGAUGCACGGGUUCUCAAAAUCUCUUUUCUUCCUUGCAUCUUCACUCAGCUCUUCUUUGCUUCUCUCUUUCUCUCUCUGAAUCUCUCUUUCCGGGCUAUGGGUGGAAUGAGAAUCGCCUUCGGGCUUCUGACCUUCGUCACCUUUGGAAUGAUAAUAGGUGCUUUGUUUCAGUUAGCAUUUAUAAGACGAUUGGAAGAGUCAUCCGGUAUUCCUCAAUGGGUUGAUGACAAAGAGGCAGUAGUCUUACGUCUUGGUAUUCUCAAACCUGAAGUACUUAGCUGGUCACCACGAAUCAUUGUCUUCCAUAAUUUUUUGAGUAUGGAGGAAUGUGAUUAUCUCAGAGCAGUUGCCCAUCCUCGCCUUCAGAUUUCAACUGUAGUGGACACAAAAACCGGGAAGGGAAUUAAAAGUGAUGUUAGAACAAGUUCUGGUAUGUUCUUGAGUCCGGAAGAGAGAAAAUAUCCAAUUAUACAGGCAAUUGAGAGACGUAUUGCUGUUUAUUCACAAAUACCAGAAGAGAACGGAGAGCUCAUCCAAGUUUUAAGGUAUGAAAAGGGUCAGUUUUACAGGGCACAUCAUGAUUAUUUUUCAGACACUUUCAACUUGAAGCGUGGAGGCCAACGAGUAGCAACCAUACUGAUGUAUUUGUCUGAUAAUGUCGAGGGAGGAGAAACGUACUUUCCUAUGGCUGGAUCGGGUGAAUGUACCUGUGGGGCGAAGACAAUUAAGGGGUUGUGUGUAAAACCGGUCAAAGGAGACGCAGUGCUGUUCUGGAGCAUGGGGCUAGAUGGACAGUCAGACAUGAACAGCCUGCAUGGAGGAUGCGAAGUAUUGGCUGGGGAGAAGUGGUCAGCAACAAAAUGGAUGAGGCAGAGAGCCACAAAUUGAGAUUAUUUCCAAAUUAGCUCACUUCAUAACCCUCACAUCAUCAAUCAUAAAAUAUAUAUAGGCAGGCUCCUUUCAUAAUAUGUACAUCCAAGAAUAAUGACUUCUGUAAUAGUGUUUCAUUCUUAGAAUGACUUCUGUAAUAGUGUUUCAUUCUUAGCUGUUCAGCUCCUUUCAUGUGUACAUCCAAGAAUAAUAUGACAUAAUGUAACUGUUCAUUUUUAUCA